GGACAGCUCCACGGUGCUGAAUAGCCUACCUAAAAUCGUGAGCUCUUUUUCGCUCAUAUUUAUUCCGGCUACAUUUCGAAAAUGCCUAACGUUCACCUUCCGAUUUGCUGACUGAAACUGUAUUUUAGCUUACUCAUAGCAUAAAGGAAGAAUCUUAAAGAAAAUGGACAGGUCUAUCACAGCAAAACAUUGUGAGAGGUACGUCUUGGUAUUUCUUCUUUUCUCUGCCAUUCUGAACGUAGCGUCUGCAGUUACACACUAUUCUAUUCCUGAGGAAAUGGAGGAAGGUUCUGUGGUUGCCAAUUUAGCCUCUGAUUUGGGUCUGGAUGCGAAAACGUUAAGUAAACGAAACUUGCGGUUAGAUGUCAUUGCAAAUAAGAAGUAUCUUGACGUUAAGAAAGAAACGGGAGAACUGUACAUUUUGGAAAGGAUUGAUAGAGAGCUUCUUUGUCCCGCCAAGACAUCUUGUUAUUUAAAAAUGGAAGCAAUAAUUGAAAACCCUCAGCGGAUAUUCUACAUCGAAUUAGAGAUAAUGGAUAUUAAUGAUAACGCACCGCAUUUUCGCAGAGACAAAAUCAACCUGGACAUUUCAGAAUCAACCCAGGCGGGUGAACGUUUUUCAGUGAACAAUGCCGUCGACUCUGAUGUUGGUUUAAACUCAGUGAAAACGUAUCUUUUGAGCGAAAGUGAUCAUUUUGCCAUUGAAAUUCAAGCGGGAAGAGAUGGGUCAAAAUUUGCUGAUUUAAUAUUGAAAAAGACUUUAGACCGAGAAGAACAAGCUGUACACAAUUUAAUCCUUACCGCAUUAGAUGGCGGAGUCCCCACGCGCACGGGCACAGCCAGUAUCAUUGUUCGGGUACUAGAUACCAAUGACAACGCCCCACUGUUUGAUGAGGAAACAUAUACAAUUAACGUGAUGGAAAACUCCCCUAUUGGAAGCAUUGUGGUGAAGCUAAAUGCAACUGACUUGGACGAGGGGUCUAAUUCAGAUAUAGUAUACUCAUACAGUUUGUAUACAUCUGAGAAAACACAGACCACGUUCAGUUUAAACUCAAAUACUGGGGAAAUAUCAGUGAAGGAUAUGAUUAAUUAUGAAGACUUUAGGAUGUAUGACAUGGAGGUCAUAGCAACGGAUAAAGGAAUACAUUCUUUAUCAGGACAAUGCAAACUAAAAAUUCUAGUCACCGAUAUGAAUGAUAAUCACCCUGAAAUAUCCAUCAAAUCAUUCCAGAGUCCAAUCAGGGAAAAUGUAGCAGUAGAUACAGUGAUUGCUGUGGUUAGUGUCAAUGAUAAAGAUUCUGGUGAAAAUGGAGUAGUUGAUUUAAAAAUUCAGAAUAAUUUACCUUUUGCACUUAGAGAGUCUUCUGAUAACUAUUAUGAGUUGGUAGUUUCAGAGCCUUUAGACAGAGAAAAGGUCCCAGAAUAUGACAUCACUUUCACUGUUACAGACAGGGGAUCCCCUCCGUUAUCUGAUAAUGAAACUAUGACUUUAGAACUACUGGACAUUAACGACAACGUUCCACAGUUCCCUCAGUCGUUCUACACUAUACCUGUUACAGAGAAUAACGCACCUGGAGCCUUGUUAAGUUCCCUCACUGCGUUUGAUCCUGACCUCCAUGAAAACCAGUAUCUAGUUUAUUUUAUCAUAGAAAAGGAGAUAGUGAACACCUCCAUGUCCAUGCUGUUCUCCAUCAAUCCGGAGAACGGUAAUCUUUACGCACUAAAGACGUUUGACUACGAAAUAGAGAAGGAGUUUCUUUUCCACAUUGAGACCAGAGACUCCGGUGUCCCUCCACUCAGCAGUAACAUGACUGUUCACGUUGUAAUUGUGGACCAAAAUGACAACACACCAGUUAUUGUCUCUCCGUGGCGCGCACAUGGAUCUGUAGUCGAGGAAAAGAUUCCCAGAUCCACCGAUAAAGGAUCCCUUGUUUCCAAAGUGAUAGCAAUAGACACUGACUCGGUACAAAACUCUCGAAUAACAUACCAGUUUCUCCAGGUGACUGACGCCACGUUAUUCAGUCUGGAUCAAUACAACGGAGAGAUCCGGACUAUGAGAAUGUUCAGUUACAGAGACCCGCGUCACCAACGGCUGGUUGUCAUCGCCAAGGACAACGGAGAGCCUGCACUCUCUGCUACAGUCACCAUCAAGCUCUCCACGGUGGAGACUGCUGUUAAAGCCUACUCUGACAUGACUGAAGUGCCUCUAGAAUAUGACAUCUUCUCUGACCUCAACCUGUAUCUGGUGAUCGGACUGGGCUCGGUGUCGUUUCUGUUGCUGAUCACCAUAUUGGUCACCUGCGUGCUGAAGUGUCAGAAACCGAAGCCCAGUAAAGCGGCUCCUCCCUGCAGGAACAGCGUGAUCAGCGAGAGGAACUCCACCAUCGCGGAUUCCACCCUGGUCUCCAACGAUGCGUACUGGUACAGCCUGUUUCUAGCGGAGACGAGGAAGGGAAAGCUGGUAGUCAGACAGCCUGUGCCAAAGGGAUCCAGAUACAUCGUGUCCAGUAUUCCAAGAAGCACGGGACUGACAGAGACCAGCGACUCAGCUGCUUCUACUCUGCAGGUAAGAUAG